GUGGCAGGGCCGACGCGUGAAGGCCCGGCUGGAAAGGGCCUUCACCACCUGAAAAGAAAUUUUGUAUCCACGGCCCAAUUCUAGUAAGUCACAGAACUUGAGCUGCCUCGUACCUGCCACUACCGGCGGUUGUGCCGUUAGUUGGCUGUAUACUGUAUACUUCCCGGAGGAGGAGUAGUAAAGCUGAAGAUGGCGAAGGCGGCGAGCUUCGUAAGCAGCCUAUCAGCUUCUCCUGUGUUCUUUCAAGCUCCUCUUCUCUCCCCUUCCCCGCCUCAUUCCAUUUCUACACAUGUCCUCCACCACCAAUCUAAGGUGCCCGCCCUAUCCCGGUCUCUCUCUCUCUCACUCAAGUAUCUGACUUGUAAUCAUCGAAUGAAGAGUGGUUGCGCUCGGAGAUUAUCGUUGCUUCGGGUUAAUUGCUUGCCGGAGCAGACCACCAGAGAAACUGAAGAAAACUCUGAGGCUAAAACGCCGACGUCAGCGUCAGCCUCAACGUCAACGUCGUCUUCUUAUUCUUCUGAUAACGAAAGCGGAGUUACGGCAUUGAAUUGGGUCGCAGGACUCGGAGGAUUAGGAUUUCUGGAGACUUCCUACUUGACCUAUCUCAAGCUCACUGACUCCGAUGCCUUUUGCCCUGUUGGAGGUGGUGGUGGCGGUGGCGGUGGCGGCAGCGUCCUUAAUAGCGAUUACUCUGUCGUUUUUGGUGUUCCUCUUCCAUUGAUUGGUAUGCUUGCAUAUGGAGCGGUUGCAACGCUUGGCCUACAAUUGGGUUCAAAGAAAUUGCCUUUUGGAAUUGGUGAAACAGAUGCCCGUUCAGUAUUGCUUGUGACAACUACUUCCAUGGCGCUUGCUAGUGCCUACUUUUUGUAUAUUCUGACCACAAAAUUUUCGGGGGAAUCGUGUUUGUAUUGCUUAACUUCAGCUUUCUUAUCCUCCUGCUUGUUCUUCAUCACUCUAAAGGAUUUUGGUUUAAAGGAGUUACAAAAAGAAGUUGUUUUGCAGCUAUGCGUAGCUGUCCUGGUUGUUAUUACCUUAAAUUCCUCCUAUAAUGCUUUGCAACCCGUCUCAACAAGUCUAGCGGAGGUUGACCUGCCAUUUGUAAAAACUGAGGUCACAACCAAAUCAAGUCCUUUGGCUGUUUCCCUUGCAAGGCAUUUACAUGCAAUAGGAGCGAAAAUGUAUGGAGCUUUCUGGUGUUCACAUUGUUUAGAACAGAAAGAGAUGUUUGGACGUGAGGCAUCAGAUAUAUUGGAUUAUGUAGAAUGCUUCCCUAAUGGCUACAGAAAAGGAACUAUAAUGGCCAAGGCAUGUACAGAUGUUAAGAUUGAAGGGUUUCCAACAUGGGUGAUUAAUGGAGAGGUUUUGAGUGGAGAAUUAGAUUUCUCAGAGCUUGCUAAAGCCUCCGGAAUUAAACUUGAAGAUCUCAGUCAAGCUAACUAGGGGGAUUUUUGUGUUGUUCUUGAACAGCUUCUACGUGAUGGCUUAGUGAUUACACAAGUACAGGAUCCAUUCAUCUUUCUUUGCAUAUGUCGCAGUGUCUCAUAGUUGUAUAGCCCGACAAAAGAAAGCUGCUCAAGGGUGCUUCAAAUCAUUUGGAUGGCAGUACGAGAAAUUUAAGAGGUGCCUCACCCCCCCCCCCUCCCUCCUCCUCCUCCUCCUCCUCCUCCUCCUCCUCCCGCUUAAGUUUGUAUGUAAGAGUCUUGAGAGAAUGCUUAGGUAGAUUUUGGAAAGGGAUUUUCUAUCAGUAAACAUAUUUCUUAAUCACUUUUUUAUCUCACA